CGUUCGGAUUUCAGACUUUACUUCGGAGUUCGGAGUCUUCGGACUUCCCAGUUUUUAGGAUUCGGUUUUAUUCGGAUUGUUCAAACCUUGUUUCCGUUCGAAUUAUAGAGAACUGCGACAAUGGCAAAGAACUGGUAAAUAUUUAUACCUAAUAUGUGGGCAGGUGAACCUGAAGUCACUAAUAUUGCGAGUUGGUUUACUCAUCGUUUAAAUCAUUAAAAUAUGAUUAAAUGGUUGUAUAGCUUGGGUGCACAGACGUCUAUGUUUUUCGGACUUUUGUCACUUUUCCGUUAAUUUUAACUGUCAUAAUGUACGACCGUUAUUUACGAACACACGCGGACCCUACCGAGUCGUUACACUAUCAGAAUUCUGCGUCGUCAAGCCAAAAGCUAUCGUACUCUCAACUAGCCGUUGGUGGCAGCGGGGCUCCUGGCGCGAAAAUUGCGGAGCCUUCCAAUUUUGGUCGUGAUAUUUCAACAGAAAUUUCCAGACUGCCCCUGGAUCUUCGUUUCGCCAAAUUAUUUAACAUUUUCACGCGCUCCGAUUUUCGCGAUCUGCAGGAAAUUUAUUAUCCAGCCGCUGUGGAAGCCGUGUUCGGAUUCCAGUCUUCCUCGUCUACAUAUCGACAGCAGCAUGCGGUGGUCUCGGGUCAGUUUCAGUCCGAUCAGCCGUAUAUUCCUGUGUCGUUCUGCGAUAUCAGUCAGAACUACAAGCUGGUUUACGAUGCGGGAUUCCAGUUGCUGAACACGGAUGGACCCAUUUUCCGCUUCCUCAUCUCUGUCUCGGGCGGACGCGUUAGCACCUCUCCGCGCUACUAUUUUCCCAUCUCGUGCUUGUCACAUGCCGUCCGAAAGAGCUUGGAAAAUGGCAGCAUACCAUCGUGGUAUCGCGAUAAAGUUCCUCAAAACGCCGAAUUAUUCUCGGGUGACGGACUGGAUAGCUCGGCGGCCAUUUCCCUGAGUGCUUUUGAAUUUUAUUUCGCCCAUUUUGCCUAUCAUCUUGUUAAUCCGGAUUUACGCACAAACAAUCCAGCGGAACCAGACUGCUUAUUUAUGGCGCUGGUGGAUAAUUACAGUUCAGUAUUUUUUAAUGCAUCCGCAAUUUUGGAUAACCAGCGUUUCGCGUCGAGUCAUUACGCUGGUGGCGGCCCACUUCGCAGAUCUUUGGGGUUUUUUCAAAAUUCUCGAACGGGAACGGAAUCAGGCGAACCACUCGGUCCAUUACCUCAAACACAUCCGCUCGCAACAUCGGAAAAUUUGGAAUGCCUUAUCAAUACGUUCGUAGAGUUUUGGCUCAAUACUAGCGGAUUUACUUCGCAAAAAUACAGCAGAAAAUAUCCAUCGACACCGCGUUACAGCGAUCGUGGGCGUCAUUCUCCGUCAUUUGGACAAUCUCCACUGUCGCCUGGAGGAUCACGACGUCGGCAGCCCGUUUUGCAGAAUGUUCCGACGGUAUUUCCACCCACAUGUGCCGUACAGGCUUUCAGGCAGAUCGUGAAAGUUCUGCACGAAUUCGCUUACGCUCCGGUCGUUGAACGGGCAUACCAUAAAAACAUGGAGACAAAUUUACUGGAUAUCAAGCGUCACAUCAUACCUCAAUUGGUACAGCGUCCACUGUAUGAUUUGUUGAAGCUUACGAUGCGAAAGUAUCCAAUGGAUGCAAGCUUCCGUUAUAUCUAUGAGCUGUGGCUUACUUACAUCCAGCCAUGGCGGUAUGAAAACGUGCUGACGGAUAUCCCCAAUAGCGAUGAUGUUGUUAUCGUGUCAAAGGAUUAUCGGUGGUAUUCUUUUAUUAUGGAAAAUCUGCUGUUUUAUACUACGCUAUUCCAGAACUUCGUUGAUCGCAUGCUGCGUGUGGAUUUCUCGGUUCCGUUUAAUACUCUGGCUGUUUAUCGCAUUGGGAAAGUUUUUUGCGAUACGGAAAUGUAUCAGCUCAUUCGCAAUGUGGAAGACCAACUGUUUGGCGUCAAAAAAGUAGCACCUCUUCGAUCGGGAAGUUCACCUACGAAAAGUAUCGUGAAAAACCAUUUAGCGGAUUUGGAAGGACCGGCUUACAACUACAUCUCCUUCUACGACGCAGAAAAUAUUACGAAAGUACGGGAACUGCUGAAAGUGUUAGUCGCCGCUGAACGUCGAAUUUCCCGCAAAUUGAUUGACAGUCGUGCACUACGCGUCCACAAUCGCGCGGAUCUGCAGUAUUGGAAGGAUCUCAUUGUAAAUGGACUUAAGCAGUUGUUUGGAUUGGUUGCCGGUCCGGUUCUUGGGAUGAAACUGCAGCCGUUGGAACUUGAGCGAAUGUCUAAGCAUAUUACAAAAGGCAUUGAAUGUUUUUCUGCCAUAUUUGCGAUUCAGUAUGAAGAAAUAUGCGAGGAAGAGGGCGAACCGGUGGUAGUACCAGCUAGUUCUGGUGAAGCAGAAUUCCUGUUGGAUCGACCACUUGCCCAACCAGCUGAUUCUGUCAACCGGUUACGGUCUGUCUCCACCAAACGACGCCAGUCGGUUGUGGAUUCUCUGGAAUCGUCUCGGGUCUCUUACAUCACUGAACCGGAAAAUCAACCAGCACGAACAUGGGAAAUUGCGUUUUUAAUUCCUCUACUAAGCGGUCUUUCGCACCAUUUAAAUAUGCUAUAUGGAUCGCAGAUUGAAGAACUGUACAACAGACAGGAUUUCCAAGCUCGGCUGGUUCAUCCGCUGAUUCAACCACCUCAUACUCCGGUGCAAGUUUAUGGCGAAGUGCACGGGUCUGCGUUGCCGCCACGAAUUAGUUUACGUCCAUUGGCCAGUACGUACGUGGUGGGGACCAUUGUAUUCUUGUGGUUUUUCUUGUGGACCACCGAUAUCGGAUACCUGCGGGGCGGGCUCUUUGUCGUCUUUAUUUUAGCGGCGUAUCUGGUGUCCAAUGCCAUUGUGGAGCCUUAUAGGGAUAGACCGACUCGUUCGUAAAUCGUAAUGUACGGCAUGAAGUUGGAAUCUUGGGGAGGCCUGCAUUCCGGGUUCUCGCUUUGCGGAAGUGUUGAAUGUUGCUCAUCUUGUAUCCAUUGGGCGGUUUUUAAUUGCAUUAUUUGGUUUCGUAUUCAUGCUUUGAUGGUCCUCUUUUGAUGGCAUUUGGGAUUUUUUGAGUUGCAUAUGCAUAACUAAGGGCUACAGAUGUGUCCCUGCACGAAAAAUGGUUAUUCAGAUUAUCCAAAAAUAUGGAGCUGUGGCUUCCACAAACCGCAAAAACCAUGAAGUAAGAUAGAAUUGUUUCGUGGACAACAAAAAUGUUUAUUAAAUU